CCCGGUUUGACACAUCAAGUGUAUCACAUGCUUACCCCCCCCCGAAAGCGGCACUCUAGGCCAUAGGGACGCGCCGAGUUGUUUGUGUCUUCACUUUUGAGUUUCUUUGUUUGGAUAAGUACUCGAUCAAGAGGCCGCAGCUUUCUUUGUCGUCACCAAUCUCCCAAGAAGGCUGUUGCUCACCUCUUUGCGUCUUACAGCACUCGCCAGUUUGAAACAGAACACAAGACACAAGACAGAGAAACACGUAAUAGACUGCGACAACUGCAACUCGAUAUACGCUUGGAUUUCUGACCAAGAUCAAUCCCCAUCCCACCAAAAACAUGCUGAACACGACAGUGACCCUCACCCACGCCACCCCUCUGCCGGCAGGCAUGUCGCGCGAGGACGCCAUCGCCCUCAUCCAUGACGCCGAGCACCACAUCAAGUGUGACCCCAACAUGAAGGACUACUCGAAGCGCACGCUCGAGAUCCCGCCCACAGUGCCCCAGGACAUCGAGCCCGUCGCCGGAACGCAAUGCUACACCGUCACUGACAGCGUGCCCACCCUCCUGCCAAAGGGCAUCUGGGACCGCGACGCCGUCAGCGACUACGAGUUCACCUUCACUAAGGACGGCAGCUUCGUCCGCACGAGCUGCCCGCUUGGCGUCAUGCUGGAGACGCGUUGGCGCGUCAAGGACGUCAUCGGCGGUGGGUUGGAGCUGGAGGAGGUUGUCGAGAUCAAGUGCUCAAGGUUUUUGGCGAACGUUGUCAAGGGGCAGUGCGAGGCGAACUGGAAAGACUUCCACAAGAAGAUCUUGGAGGGCAAAACGUAAA